AUGCGGGCAUAUAAUUUCACCUCAGCGUUCAGCAAAAUUCUCGGCUUACAGACGGCCUUCAAAUCAACGCUGCUGUCUCCAACAUUCUUUCGACCAAUGUCUUCAAUCUCAACCAUGGAUACAGACAUCAACCGCACUCUAUCGUACUGGUUCGAUGGCCCGGAAGCCAAGAAGAAGUGGUACGGCGGUGGUGAAAAGAUUGACACGGAAAUCCGAGAUCAAUUCGGACCCCUUAUGGAACAAGCACGUGCAUCAGAACUCAACUCUUGGGAAUCGAAACCUCGAGGCUCUCUCGCUCUCCUGAUUCUUUUGGAUCAAUUCUCUCGAAAUGCCUUUCGUAGCACACCAGACUCGUUCAGCGCCGAUUCCUUGGCACUCGACAUCGCCACCAAAGCCAUCGCCAAAGGCUUCAAUCUCGAGGUCUCAAACAUUCAGCAGAUAUUCUUCCUGAUGCCGUUCAUGCAUAGCGAAACCUUGCUUGGCCAGGUUGCUGGAGUAUCACUCUUUGAGGCUCUACUUGCUCGAUGCGAUCCGAACUCCAAAGACGUCGAAUUUCUAGCAACGUCAGUACAAUUUGCUCGUCGACAUAGGGAACCUAUCUUGAGAUUUGGUCGCUUUCCAUCGCGGAACGAGAUCUUGGGGAGAACUUCAACACCGGAGGAGAUCGAGUUCUUGAAGGAACAUCCUGGAGGUUUUUGA